GAUGACGUCAUAUAUCGGCGCCGGUGUGAUGUGUUUUUAGCCGGAGCGACGUGCAGCCUAAUGUAGGAGGAAAAAGGGUUUUAUAUUAGAAAGAGGUAGCAGCUCUGAGUUGUUGUGGACCGCUGAUAAAAGUUAGCAGUCUGAGAUGACCUCUGACAUCUUCUCUGCCAUACAUUUCCUGACCAGACCUCUGAGCGAAGCGUCUGCGCAUACUUCGCAGCAGGAGGCCCUUCAUGCUGCUCUGGGGGCCAACAGGGCCCUUCUUCUGAAGCGGCUUCAGAGCGACAGCAGCCUGCAGCAGGUUGGAAGGUUGAGGGAGGAGGUGAAGGCAGCAGCUGAUUGGUUCUCUAGCGAGACACAAGACAUCACAUGGAGCUUCGUUCAGGAGUGUCUCCUCCUUCUGCUCACCUUAACUCAACAUCUGACCAAUGAACUGAAGCGCUUCCAGGAGGCCCAGCCUUCUUCUUCAGGAAGACUCCGCACGCCUGAGAUGGCCCCACUGUUACCCCCCGACGUCCUGAGCGUCUCCCAGCAGAAGACGCUCAGCGCUGCCCUGCAGUUUGUGGUUUCGCUGGGGCUCUGCCCCUACCUGGUCACCGGGGUCGGUAUCCCACUGGGCCGCAGGUCAGCGUUUGGUGCUGUGGUGGAAAAACUGAUCCAGAAGGAGGCAUCGCCCCCAGCAGGACGCCGCCUGCUUACCACAACAAGAGUCCUGCUGCAGGUAUCGGAGCUGGCCACUCUGGCCACGCUGGUGUUUACAAGACAUCUAGGAGACAUUAUGGCAGCACUGUGUCAGCUCGGCUAUGAGCCGCACCACAAGGACAACAGGCCACUCAGCACUGAUGAGUGUCGGUCAUGUAAAGAGGCCCUCAGAAACCUCCUUGGAAAAGUCUACCAGCCCAUUGUCAUCAAGGAGCUGCUGAUUCUUCAAGGUGGACCCAAACAGUCGGGUCCAGCUGGGAGCUCCGUUGGAUCCAGCGGCAGCAGCAGAGCCGCUCUGGGUUCAGCUCCGGCCUGGCUGAGGCGUCUCUGCGGUCAGCUGCUGUCCAAGCGUCUGAUGCAGCCAAACGGUGUGCAGGCGGUCGUCAGAGCCAUCCUGGAGGGAGGAGCGGGGGGCGACUCAGAUUGGAGGAAAUGUGACGCUGUGGCCCGGAUCCUGGUGGCCUGCCCCCAACAGUCGGCCUCAGCAGAUGGGUACUUCAGACUGGUCUGUCCUCAGAUCCUUGAACUCCUGCACUUCCAAGACAAGCUGACGGCCCAGCAGUUCCAGCGAGUUGCCACCAGAGCGGCGCUCUCGAUGGUGCAGGAAAGGCGCAGCUUUGCUCAGCAGUACCUUCUUGGCCCACUGCUGGCUCCGCUGCACCGGUGCAUCACUGCCUCUGUUGAGGAGCACCCACAGGUCGCUGUGGAGGAGUCUGAGCUCACUCGCUGUUUGGAGGAUGUGUACAAGGUCUGGGUGGUUGGAAACGGUCCAUCUGCGACUCUCCUCACGGCGCUCGAAGAAGUUAUUCCUGUCAUCUUCACGCUUUUCUGUUUUACCAAACAGAGCGUCUCCCAUCUGCGCGGCCCCUGUCAGGAAAUUUUGCUGUGGUUCCUGAACAAUUCAGAGACCUCUGCAGCACUUUCAUCACUGAGGCAGCUUUCUGGCCUGAGGGAACAUAAGAACGACGUGGCGGUGGAGUUCUACUUCACGGCGGGCAGCGAUGGAGGCGUCAGGCUCGAGUGCAGACAGACCUGCAGUGAUGAGGAUGAGGAGCUGUACGAGAAGCUGUCAGGGGAGCAGUGGAGGCUGGAGUGUCUGAUGCAGCUGCUGGCUCAGCUCAAAGACUCUGACCUACCUGGGGAUUUCUUCCUGGACCUGCUGCAGGAGCUGACCAGUUGGGCCGUGGCUGCAGAUGAAGAGAUUGAUGAGAAGAAGGUGGAUGUGGCGGCCAUGACGCUGCUGGAGGUGGAGCAGCAGCUGCUGGGUGGAUCUGAGAGACAAGCUGAGAAGCUAGCUCUGCUUCAGGUGCUGGCUGUGAUGGUGGAGUGUCUGCAGCAUGACAAGCUGCUGAGGAGAACCUCACAGGUUGUGGACUUCAUGGUGUCCUUGCUCCAGAGGGCCUGUGUUGGCCUGGAUGUGGCCUCAGGGCCAAAUGUUGGGAACCCAGUGGAGAGCCAGACGCUGAGCAUGGGGAUGGGCCUGGUGGCGACUCUGCUGUCUGCACCUCAGCUCAGCUCAGAGGACUAUUCCUGUAUGUCGAGGCUGCUCCCGCCUCUGGAGGCGCUGUCUCAGCAGCAUCCCGACAUGGUCAUCCAGGAGCUGGCGUCCAACCUCAGAGCCAUCAUUGCCACUCACGGCGCCUACCGGCCUGAAAAGCUUGCAGAUGCUGCCCAAAGCUCCAGAAACCCUGAGGGAACUCCGAAGAAGAACAAAAUGAAGAGUGAUGGAAAAAAACAGGAGACACCUGCCAGCACCCACAGCAGGUUCCCACAGUCCUCACAGCAUCCCAGUCCAGCAGGUAGGGGAGGGACCUCCAGCUCAGAUGACCCUGAUCCAAACAACAAACCUUUCUCUGACUGGCUGCUAGAGGCAUGCGACCCAGAGGUGCCCACCCGAGCGUUCGCCCUGAGAGUCCUGACCCAGAGGGUGCAAUGCAGAGACCCAGAGGCCGUCCGGGCUCAGGAGAAGGUCCUCACGCUCUUCCUGGAAAACCUGGAACAUGAAGAUGCGUUUGUCUACCUGUCAGCCAUCCAAGGUCUGGCUGUUCUGGCUGAUUCCUACCCGGGUCGGAUCCUCGAGAGGCUCCUGAAGGAUUUCCAACACGGCCCCUCCCUCCCUUCGUCCAACAAGGGGCGCUCGCUGGAGACCCGGCUGAAGGUGGGAGAGGUCCUGAUGAGGGCGAGCAGAGCGAUGGGGGAACUGACGCCUCACCUAGGCCGUCCUCUGGUGAGCGUCUUCCUGCAGGGAACCAGGGAUCCGGACCAGAGUGUCCGAGCCAGCAGCCUGUCCAACCUGGGGGAGCUCUGCCAGAGACUGGACUACUCUCUGGGACCGCUGGCACAAGAGUUGAGCUCCUGCCUGACAGCUCUAAUUAAAACAGAGAAGGAGGCCGAGGUGAGGAGAGCGGCUGUCCACGUCAUCGCUCAGCUGCUCCGAGGCCUCAGCGAUAAAACCACCCAGGUUCUCAGGGACGUUCUCCUGGACCUGUACCGGGCCCUGAAGUGGGUGGUCCGCUCAGACCUGGAUGAGGUGGCCGUGCUCCAUGCGCAGCUGGCUCUGGAGGAGCUGGAUGACAUGAUGAGGAGGUUCAUCUUCCCAGAGCAGAAGCUGGAGAAGAAAAUUGUCGUCCUGCCCUAGAACAUUGGUAGAACUUUGAAGAGCAGAACCACUAAAGCAGGGAAGCUCUGUAAGAACCUCGCCUCCUUCGCCAUGCGGCUCCGGGUCAAUUCCUACCCAUCCAUUAUCAUUUGGUACCUGUAAACAAACCAAUUUUCAGCCCGUCUAAUUAAACCAAGAUGUAUACUUUUAUUUUUUACUGAAGCUAAGUAUUUUCAUCAGCUGUGCAGAUAAAUGGUCAUAAAAUGCUCAAAUGUGAUUCUUUAAUUCAUUUGUAUGUAUUAUUUUCUGAAAACUUUAUGCUCUUUAUUUGCAUUUUUCUGUUUUGAUCUCAUUUGGAACGAUUAUGACUCCUGAUUAAACCAAAGUUACUAUGA